CAAAAUUUGACAAGGAGAGCAUUGCAAUACUAAGUGGUCGUGUGCACAUCGGACAAUUAUGAACGCUGCAGUGAUCCAAUGGUGCCGAUCAGUGCGAGUACACUUGUAGCCAGGCGGACCAUUCCCCGAAAAAAAUGUGGAGCCAGACUGAUGACUAGAUGGCCUUUCUCAAAGGUUGUUCAGUCCAUGUACCAGUUCGCCCCGCUUGUGAUCGUCGAGAAGCAGCGGGCUGUGAAGCAGGCCGUCCGUCAUUAGCUUGUCACCGUGUUUCCGUCGCUCUUGUAUCUCAGGUUUUAGUAUUCAUCUUCCAGUCAUGGCAGAAGACAAUGCCAGCGCGCUUCCGGUCAUUGCAGUGCCAUUGCAAGAACCCUCCCUCACGCCAGUAGCGAAAGCACCAGCAGGUGAAGGGGAGCCUCCUGCGACGUCUCCAGUGGAAGUUACCCCAGAGACGGCAUUUUCUACAUUGGACAAUUCGGCGAGUGCCAGUCCCAAUGGCAAGAACAAUGCAGACAAUUUGCGGCGAACAAGCUCCAAAAUUGCAAAUCUCCGAGCAGCUUUCGAAAGCACAUCCAACGGCACCAACUCACUUGAGACGCCGAUUAAGAAAAGAUACGAGAGAAGCCCAUCGCGACCACACGAAUACGAGACAGAGAUCGCAAGAUUGAAGGAUCAAUUGGAGAAGGAGGCUGAGCUGCGUCAGGCAUACGAAGAGAAAUGCGCGGUGCUUGAGGAGGCCAAUGAUGCGGUCACAGCCAGGCUAGAGCAUAGAGACAAGGUCUGGGAGUCAGAAAUACAGCGAGAGCAUGGAAGCCUAUUGAAGGAAAAGAUACAAGCUGUCGAGGAAGCCAACAGCUUCCAGCGGCAGCUGGCCGAGCUCAAAAGAAGCAUUUCCAGUGCCACGCACAUCGACAAUCAUGUCACGGAUACAACAUUCACGUCAGAGCUGGGAAUCCUUCACAGCGAGAUACAGAACUGGACGGUUCAAAACUUUCGGCGGGCAAAGCUGGGCGCUUCGAGCGAGGAAACCGACGCACGAAUAAAGUCUAUUGAGGAGCCACAGGAGAGGGAGUUGCUCUCACAACUUUUCCUGAAACAGUCGCCGACUUCAAAAUUGGCUUGUAUCCAGACGGCAAUCGUCUCAUCCAUGAUGGAGAUCUUCCGCCAUCCACUAUUAUUUGGCAUGGAAUCUCAGGAGGUGUGGCAGCAGAGCGUCAAAACGGCAAUAGAGAAGUUGCCCGAUGUGCUGACUCCUCCAGCCUUCAACAAAUGGCGCGCCAUGACUCUGAACAGUCUUCGGCAAUGUGAUAGCAUGAAGUCGUCCAUCGAUGCUACUGCUGUGGCAGUAGCAGAUAAGAUAUGUGUGAUGCUUGGCAAACUCACGGAUGCCGAAGAGCACGAAGCUCGCGUUGCUUCUCUAAACUCCAUCAUCAAGCGCAGCAUCGAUCUUGCACAUCUGUUCAAGGCCCAGCGUGCCCAAUAUGACUUCGUGCUACCCGGCCCGGGCACCAAUUUUGAUACCGAAACCAUGGAGGACAUUGCUGAUGAAAAGGAUGACUUGAACGAGACGGCAAUUGUUUGCGCUACAUUUCCUUCGGUGGUCAAAACCGGCGACGAGAAUGGUGACAACACGCGUCUCACCAACGUCAUAUUCAAAGCUAAAGUGCUUCGGUCGGAUACUGAGCAGCAAUCAUCAUGAUUUCUUAAGAGUGCAUAGCUCCAGGUGUGUGAGUAGACCAGCAACGG